CCAAGUGGGUACCAGAGGAUCAAACCAUGAACCAAGAGUUUCUUUGGCCUCAAACAAAACCUUUCAUCUUUUUUUGUUUGCUUUUUCCUCCAGCGAAGCUGGCUCUGGGCUGACUUCCUCUGCUUUCAGGUUCAGUGUGAAAUAACAAGCCGAAAAGCCACGAGGCUUCGGUUUUGAACCUGCCAAGGAAAGGCCGACUUCAGAAGGAGCAGAAACGUCGGGAAAGCUCGGUGUUAACUGUUUCAUCGUUUCCACUUCGGGAAAGCUCCCUGUUAACUGUUUCAUCGCUUCCAAGAGGAAAAACCUCCCCGUGAUUCCUUCUGCCUCGGACUUUAGCACAAAUACUGCUGGGUCCACAGAUCUCUUGUUCUGUGCGCCUGUAUUUGCAUUUUGCCAGGGAAGAAGGGGGGGUCGGAGCUGGGAUUCCAGAGGGAAUGCCUCUCCCGGGAUUCUGCUGCUGCACAGCCCCAAGGACUGCCAGCAGGACACAGGUGAGGCCGGGAGAGGCUGCUCCUGCCAGGGAGGGGAGACCCCCGAGCUCGGGAGGGCACAGGGUGCCCAUGGAGCCUCCCUGGAAUUGUUUCCUGCCCAGCCGGGCGAAGGAGGCGCCUGGGAAUUGCGGGAGCCGCGGUGCCGUGUUUAUAACCCAGCCCUGGGUAACUCAUUGACCUCUGCUGGGAAGCGGAGGUUCCCAGGAUGAUAAGGAGCUCUUGGAAGGAAUUCCUCCCCUCGUGUGAGGGAGUGGCAGCGCUGGGCACGCUCGCAAACACGUCCGCAGCCCUGGCAGCUCCAUCCCGGCAGCGCAGCGCUCCCUCGGGGCUCGGAGAGGUUGGAAUUGGAUGCGGGAGCUCUCUGGGAGGGAAGCGGAGCUGGGAGCAGGGGCUGUGUUGCUGUUGCCCAAAGAUGCUCUGCAGACCCCUCACAGCCCAGUGAGCCCUCCCAGCCACCCCAAAUCCCAACCCUGAGGGCUGGGAAGCUCUGAGGAUGUGAGUGAGGAGGGAAUGAGGCUCACCCUCAUCCUGGGAUGCCCAAGGGAUCCUGCAGGGCAGCCAGCCCGUUCCUGCUGCUGUUGGAUGUGGGGUUUGGACAGCGCUGCCCCCGGGGUGCCCACAGUGCCUGGGCUGCAGAACUCACCUGGAUGCAGCUGGCAGAGAUGCCCGUGGUGCUGCCAGCUGCCCCCACGGUGACACAGGAGAAGCAUGGGGCAGGGAGGAGGUGCAGGAUCACAGCCAGCCCCAGAUGGAGGAGGCUGGAUGGGCCCCAGCUGGACAUCCCUGCAGGUGAGGAGUGUGAGUCCUGCUGGCCCCGCCCUCCCGAGCUCCUGCCCCGCGGGGACCGCCUGCACCGCCGGGGACAAUGGUGGAGGGACACGAGCAUGGCACCAGGGACACAUCCCCAGGACAUGGCAUCAGGCAAGGCUGGGCUGACAGGGCGGAGCAGCCCCGCUCCCGAGGCAGGACACGGCUCCCCAGAGCCCCCGGUGGUGCUGCUGGCUCUCAGGGACAGCUUUCCCCCAGAGCUCUCGCUCUCCUUCUCCGUGGAGAGCCGCUCCUGCCGGCGCCGCAAUGCCCAGCUCCAGGAGGCUGCCAGGAGGAAGCUCUGGGCUCUGGAGAGCGAUGACAGAAGUGUCUGUGCCCUCUUCAAGGAGCUGUCAGCCAGGCUGGUCUGCACGCAGGCACACGAGGAUCGCUUCCUCCUCACCUUCAAAACCCUGGAGGAAGUCUGGAAGUUUUCCACCUAUCUGACUUUAGGGUACGUGGGGACCUGCCUGGAGCAGCUGCUCUUUGCCCAGGAGUUCUGGCUGGACUGUGCCCUGGUGGAGGACACAGAGCUCAGGGUCACCGUGGAUGAGGAGCACCUGGCCACCAUCUACAUGGAUCUGCUCCUCCAGGAAGGGAACUUUUUCUGCAGGGCAGUGCCGGGCAUCCGCAGGUUGGAGCAGGAGGGAGAGGAGGGUCUGCAGCUCUGCAGGAACGAGCUGAUCCAUGUGAAGAGUGCUGGACAGGAUUCCAAAUGGGAAGGGAUGUCCCUGCUGACGGGGCAGAGAGGCGUGGUGCCCGUGACUGCUCUGGAACCAAUACCUCACCCCUUUUACCAGUGGUUCCUGAGGAAUUAUGCAGUGAGCUUUGGCCUCUCCCAGGAGAUCAGCGGGACGAGAUCUUGGGCCAUUGUCAGAGGCAGGUGCAUCGCCACCAAGGACCACAGAGGAGCAGCGUGGGAUGAGCUGAGCUUCUCCAAAGGAGACCCCAUAGAAAUCAUUGGAUUCUUCAUCCCUGGGCUGCCCUGGUUUGUGGGCAAAUCCCUCAGCACCAGGAGCAUUGGCUUCGUUCCCACCCGACACGUAAAUCCCGAGGCUUGCGAACCUCUGGGAAAGGGCUUUGUGUUCCUGAGUGAAGAGGAGAAGUCCCCAGUGCUGCACAUCCCCUGCAAUGGUGACGAGCAGCACUUUGCCACCCUCCUGGGGGACCUGGCACACACUGACAUCACCUCUGUGUACAGGCUGGCUGGGUUUGAACCCACAGCCGUGUUCCCACAAGUGCCACCAGAGGCUGCUCUUCAUGGCAGUAAAGAAAUCCAGGUGCUCCAGUCUUGGGAGGAAAUCAAUGACUGGGCUACAAGCAGCACCUCAGAGCAGUCCAGCCCAGGCAGUGAAACAGGUCCUGCCACACUGGAAGAUGUUCUCCUGGAGAAGCUGGAUGACUUGGAUUAUCCCAAAUUCUUCAUCGACCUCAACGCUGGCCACAUGGAGGAUGCUGAUGUCUUUGACCCCAUAUUGACCUUCCUCAACCAAGACAGUUUUGUGCCCAGCUUUCAAAGCUUUUAUGAUCUCAGCUUUUCCUUUCUCCACUCCACUUUUUAUGGCUUCUCUGAUGAGGAUGAACUGGUCCUGUACCUCGAGACUUCCCGGAACUGGGCCAAGAGGACUCGCUCAGUUUGGGCUCACGUCAGGCUCUGUUUCCUCUUGGGUAAGCUCUGCAUCAAAAAGGUCAAGUUCUCCCAGGCCCGGGUGUACUUUGAGGAAGCCAUGAGUGUCCUGGACAGGGGCUUUGGGGACCUGCCCCUGCUGGCAGCACUGCACGGGAGCCUCGCCUCCAUCUACCUGAAGCAGAACAUGAAGCACAAGUUCUCCUCCCUGCUGGGGAAGACGGUGACCCUGCUCGUGUGCCUGCCUGGCCGCUCCUUCAGCUCAGAGAACGAGCUGGAGCUCCUCACCUACAUCCUGAGGGAAUCCAUCGCCGUGGGCAACGCCCCGCUGGAGGCCCGGAUCUGCUUCCUCAUUGUCAAGCUCUUCCUGCAACUGGGCAGGACCGAGGAGGUGCUGCCCUUUUUGGAGCAUCUCCAGUGUCUCAGCACCACCUGGCUCAGCCCAGGCAGCCGUGCUGGGCCCCUGGAUGCCGCUGCCACCUUGGGCUACCUCUACGACAAGAAGUGCCUGCCGAACAUCGCGCUGGCCUCCGUCAGGUCCUUUGUGCCCAGCAGCACCAAGGGGACACCGACCCCCAUCUGGCGAGCAGGCUUCAUCCUCCAAAAUGCUUCCAAGCUCCUGGGGAGGCAGCAGCUGGACAGGAGCAGCAUCCCAGCAGUGGCUUGUCUGUACCUCAGGCAGGCUCUGCAGUUCUGCUGCGAGAGCAGGGCCGUGCCCAUGCAGAGGACGCUCUGUGCCAUCCUGGCCAGGACGUACCUCCAGCACGGGCUGCUGGAUGGGGCCAUUCCCUACGCAGCCAGGGCUGCAGCCCUGGCCAGGCUGCUGGGGGAGGAAGAGGCUUUUGAGUCCUCGCUGUGCCUGGCCUGGCUGUACCUGCUGCAGCAGCGGCCGGGCCCGGCCGGGCAGCUCCUGCGGCAGCUGCGGCGCUGCCUGCGCGGCGCGGCCUGCGAGACCCCGCGCGGCGCCGUGCACAACCUGCUGGCCAUGGCCCUCGCCACCCAGGGCCGCCUCCAGGAGGCCGCAGAGAACUUCCUGAGGGCCCUGCACAAGGCCAAGGAGGCGGGGAGCAGGAGGAACCAGGCCGUGUCCCUGGCUAACCUGGGCCAGCUGAGCCUCUCGUGCGGGGCGGCCCAGCUGGCCGAGCUCUACCUGCUGUGGGCAGUGCGGCUCUACGCCGAGCUCCAGGGCCAGCGAGAGCUGGACACGGAGCUGGCACAGGUGCUGCUGUGCCUGGCACAGGCCAUGGUGGACAGGCAGAGGAGGGAAGAUGCCAAACUGUGCUAUGAACUGGCGCUGGGGUUUGCCCUGAAGUGGCAGAACCUGAGGAGUCAGCUGCACGUCACGGAGCGUCUGUGCCAUUUCUACAGCAGAGUGUGCCCCGACCUGCGGGCCUGCAUCACCUACCAUGAGCACUGGGCAUCCCUGGCACGGCAGCUGCAGGACAGGGAGCUGGAGGCCACGGCCAGGCAGGCUCUCAGUCAGCUCUACCAGGCUCUGGGCACACCUGAGGCUUUGAGACAAUCCCUGGACUGCACCAAGCAGAGCCUGAGGAUCUUCAUUGACCUCCAGGAGGCUGCAAAGGCAGCAGAGGCCUGGCUGCAGGCAGGAAAACUCUAUUACCUUCUGCAGGAGGAUGAGCUGGUGGAAAUGUACUUCCAGGCAGCCAUCCAGACUGCUCUGAAAGGGGACAACUUCUCCUUGGCCAUGGACCUUUAUGAGAAAGCAGGUGACACCUUCUUCAAUGGCAGCCGGGACAGGGCCCGGGCAGUGGAGUUUUACAGGGGGGGAGCUGUGCCCUUGGCCAGGAAACUCAAGGCCACCCAGACAGAGCUGAGGCUGUUCAACAAGCUGGCCGAGCUGCAGAUCAGCCUGCAGGGCUAUGAGAAGGCUCUGGAGUUUGCCACGCUGGCAGCCAGGCUCAGCCUCAGGGUCGGGGAUCAGCUGCAGGAGCUGGUUGCCUUCCACCGCCUGGCCACAGCCUAUGACUUGCUGCACAUGCACGAGAUGGCCGAGGAUUGCUACCUGAAGACCCUGGCCAUGCAUCCCCCCGUGCUGCAGAGCUCAGCAGAGGCCCUGUACUACUGCAAGGUCUACUGGCACCUGGGCAACCUGGCCCUGCACAAGCUGAAGGAUGACCAGGAUGCAGCCUCCUACUUCCUGCUGGCCCUGGCUGCAGCCGCCGAGCUGGGAGACCAGGAGCUGCAGGCCCUGCUCCAUGCCAAGCUGGGUGCCAUCCCCGGAGCCCCAGGGGGACCUGAGGGCACCCCAGGCUGUGCCACGGACCGGCCCCGGUGGCUGAGCCAAGGUGGCCACGUGGUGUGACCCGUGUGCCACCCUGGGGACACCAGUGGAGCCAUCCUGCAGCGCCGUGCAGGAUCUGUGUGCCCUCCAGGACCGGCCCAGGAGAAUCCUGCACCACGUCCUGAGGAGCUGGAAGGGUUUGGGCUACUCCUCCCAAGCACCUGGGACCCUGCCCUUGUUUUUCAGGAGCAGGGCUGUUCCCAGAGCAGAGCUGGCACAGCCAGGGCAGGGUGAGGCCCCAGUAGCAGUGCUGGAGCUGGGGGUGCAGCAAGACUGAGCUCCUGGGGGGCUCAGGAGUGCCCUGCCCAGGAUGGGGACUGGGGAGUGCUGCCAUGUGCCUGUCCCCACAGCUGCCCCACACCUUGGAGCAGCUCAGCCCGACCCAAACAUGUUUGGAAUAUUAUUUACACCCGGUUUUUAUCCUCAUCUGCUCCACGAGGUGUGUGGUGACAACUCUGCCAAGCCCCUCUCCAGUAAAAAGCACCACCAAAGCUUUUGGCAGUGAGGGACAGAAUUAGGGAAGCCAGGAGGAAUAAAGGGGCUGAUCCAGCCUCAUCUGGAGGCUGAAAAACCUGCUCAGGGUGAGGCAGAGCCCACCCUGACCCCAGCCCGGCUCCAGAGCAGGAGCACAGGAACGGGGAGCUGCUGCAGUCCCCAUCCCUGGAGGUUUCAAAACGUGGAUGUGGCAUUUGGGGACAGGGUUUAGUGCUGGGGGAACGGUCGGGCUCGAUGACCUUUGAGGGAUUUCCCGACCUCAGAGGGAUUUCCCAGCCCGAGCGGCUCUCCCGGGCACAGGAGGAUGCGCAGCUCUGCAGCUCAGCCCGGCUCGCCAGCAGAGAGCAAUAAAUGCCCAUUUUUGCAGCAGGAGCGGCUUCCCUGCAAAGCCCGAGCCCGGCUCUCGCUCCAGGCUGGAGCACAAGGGAGAAGGAGAGCUUUUCCCAGCUGGUCUCUUUGCUUUGGCAACCAGUGGCCAUCUGGGCUUCACAGCCAGACCCCGCUCCCAGUUCCUCCAGCUCCCUGCCCGUGCUGCCCUGCCUGGGAUUGUUAAAUACAGAAUAUUUAUUUCCUCCCUGCUCUCUACAAACGCCGAGUUCAGCUUCCUCUUGCAGUCCCUUCGAGGCGUUUGUCACCGUGGCAAUGAUUAUUUACUGCUUGUUUACCGAGCAUUGCUGUGCUGCUGCCGGGCAGCCUCACACCCAGCCCGGAGCAGGGGAAUCUCCAUCCCGGGUGAAAUCCAGCCAGCUCAGGGCUCCCCAAAACCUCCCUGCCCACCCCACCUGAUGGGCUGCCUGGUCUCAGUGCAGCUGGUUGGUGCUCACCAUGCCAGGGCAGGAUGUUUUCUGCAGUUUUUCAGUCAGUUCUCCUUUUUCUUUUGGUCUAGAUGGUCCAUAAGGACCAUUGCAACCCCUCAACAUCCUCUGGAUCUUUUCACACGCGGGGAAAAGCAGGGUGUCACACCUUUGUGCCAGGAGGAAGAUGGACAGCUGGAAAUCAGGCUCUGGAGAGGAGCUGGGAUGGCUCUGGGAGCCCUGAGGGCUUUGUUUAAACACACAGGCUCGGUGUCUGAGCUGGCCUGACUCAGCCGAGCUCCAGGAGUUAAAGAGAGACUCUGGAGCUGCUUUGGAACCAAAUGUGUCCUCCUUAAAUCACAGCAAAACAAAUUCGUGGUGCCUGUGGGGGGAAAAAGUCUUCCUCCUUGGUAGCAUCCUUUAAAAUAUCAUUUUCCCUGUCCCUCACCUGCCUGCCUGCUCCCACAUGCUGUGAUGAGUGGGAUGAGAGCUCAGGGGGGCCAGGGCUAAUUAAAAUUCACAAUACAGUGAAAUUAAAAGCUGUUGUUCAUGUGCACCAAGUCCUGGGUCAGUGGCCAAGGAAAGAUGAGGAUAUUCCAUCCCUGCAGCCACCAGUUUUGUGAGCAGAGAAACGUGGGGACUUUGUGCCAGAGGAGGUCACCAGGUGGUGGCUCAGCUCCUGCAGCUCCUGUCCUCCAGCCUGCCCAGGAUGGGGAAGCUGUCCCUCCUUCCUGGGGCUUUCUGGGGACACUGCAGGAGGGAUGCACCUGAGGGCUGCAGAGCCUGGCCAGGGCUGUGCUGCUGCUCCAGGAGAAGGCUCUGGGAAGAGAAGGAAUGUGGGAACACAGGAAUUAUCCUGCAGAAAGCACUGACUGCCAGCGUCCUGCCCCGUCACGGCAGAAAUAGGGGAAAGGGAAGGGAUGGAUCAAAUCUCCUCUGACACCAGCGGUGCCAUGGCUCGUGACUCCUGCCCCAGCCACAUGUGACUGCCCGUUCCAUGCCCAGGCCUGGAGUUUUCCUUCCUCCCUGCAGCCAGACAGGCUGGAAAUAGGCCUGGAGGGAGCCACGUGCAGCAGCACGAGCUGCUCAGAGCAGCACCUUCCUUCCCAGAGCUUCCAGAGAGUGCUGGGAGCUGCGGGGACAUCCCUGCCUUGGAUUUGGUGCUCCAGCCCUUCCCCAGUGUGGCCUUCCAGGCACCAGCACUCCCAGCCCUGGCACGGUGAUCCCGUGUUUGUUUGAUGCCUCAGGGGGCCAUUUAAGGCCUGGAGUAACGAGGGGCUGGAUUUCUCUCCCAUAUGUUCAUUCUUGGACAGUGGAAAUACCACGACAGGAAUAAUUCUUGCAUCAUCUGAGCUCUGCUGUGAGCCUCCCGUGGAAUGGGGAGAAAGGAAAAGCUGAUGAAUGGAAAUGCAGAUAUGGAUGGACAAAGAGCUGGGUUUAUUUGGAUUUUCGUGGAAAUGACUCGUUUCUGCAGAAGUGCAGCACCCAACAAUAACUCUUGUUAUCAGCAGACAUUUUUUCAUCAUUCCUUCGUGGCACUCUGGUGCUAACUGGGCUGGAUGAGAGACCUGGCGUGGAGGAGCAGCUAGGCUGAGGCAGAGAUAGACCUUGAGCUCAGCUUAUCUCAGAGGUGGCUGCUCCUCUCUGGGCAGCAUCUCCUGCUGUUGCCUGGCUCAGUAAUGAGGAGUUGGUAAACACCAGCUGUUCUGCUAAGCAGAGCUGGGGGGAGUGUGUAAACUGGGUAAUUUAGAUUAAAAAUCAUUUAUUUGCACAGCAA